AUGGCGGCUUCAUCCGGCCUCGCCCUGCUCUUCACUCUGUUCUUUCUCGGUGCCCUCUCGCUCGUGGAUUCUAUCUACAUCGCCUACAACACCACGCAGCAGAUUGUCCCCGAUAAGAUCAACGUUCACCUGGUCGCCCACACCCACGAUGAUGUCGGCUGGCUAAAGACCGUCGAUCAGUAUUACGUGGGAUCCAACAAUUCCAUUCAAGUAAUGCUGACUUUUCCUGGGCUGAUUUAGUUUAUGUUCGUUAGUCAUAUAGACUUCCUUUUUCUGAUUUUGUUUCGCGGUUCUGGAAGGGAGCAUGCGUUCAGAACGUCUUGGAUUCCGUGGUUUCAGCCUUAUUGGCCGAUAAGAACAGGAGGUUUAUCUACGUUGAGCAGGUGAAAAUUUGUACAGCGUUUGAUAUUCUGUUUUAUUAUGGUCAACGCUUAUUUGUUUUGAUUUAUUCGCAGCGUAAUUUCUCGACGAGUUGAGCAUAUUCCGUCUUCCAUUUGUGUAGGCCUUCUUCCAGCGUUGGUGGCGGCAACAGAGUGAUGCGAUGAAAAACAUAGUCAAGGGGCUUGUCAGCUCAGGCCAGUUAGAAUUCAUGUAAUCGCAGCAUUUUAUCACUCAUGGAGAAAAUAAUAUUCUUUUAUGUUCCCGCGGUCUUAUUAAUCAUUUUAUCGCUAUUCGACCCUUAUUGAAUUUCUUGGCACUAUUUUAUUUGUUUAUUUUUUGAAGAAAUGGUGGUAUGUGCAUGCAUGAUGAGGCCUCGCCCCUUUACAUUGACAUGAUCGAUCAAACUACGCUUGGACACCGUUUCAUCAAACAGGAAUUUGGUCAGAUUCCUAGGAUUGGUUGGCAGAUUGAUCCCUUCGGCCAUUCUUCAGUGCAAGCUUAUCUUUUGAGUGCAGAGGUAUGUCCGUGAUGCCGUACUUCAUUAAAUGCCAGCAUCCAUGUUAUGUCCUACAAGUUUGUAUCACAGAAGGCAACAUGGUGCGGGCCAAGAUAUUAAAUGUUAGGAAAAUUAUUAUUGAUGAAUAAUAUUUUUCAAUAAUAAUUUUUCUAAGAAGGGACUGUUUUUACCUUUGUAGCUAAAGGCAGGAUCUUGUUUUCUGCUUAAUCAUAUGUGCAAAGUGUGAAGCUAGCAUGGUUUUUUCUUUGGAUAAUGGAAAACUUGGAUGAAGUUUGAAAACCUUUAUUCAUCAACUACUUUCAGGUCGGUUUUGAUGCUCUUUUCUUUUCUCGAAUUGAUUACCAAGAUCGAAUAAAAAGAAAGAAUUUGAAGAGCCUUGAGGUUGUUUGGCGGGGUUCUCGGACUCUCGGCUCAUCAGCAGAUGUGAGUCACCUAUUUUAUGCGCUUGUUUAAUAUUUUUCUUGAUCGAUACAAUUAAUUUUCUCUUCUUCAAAAUAUAUAUAUUUUUCAUUAUCUUCUGCCUUUUCUGCUAAAAUUUCAUAGUCUCUGAUAUCAUAUAUUAUUCUGCUUUUUCUGCUGGACUAGAUUUUCACUGGUGUUUUCCCAAAAAAUUAUGAACCUCCAAGUGGUUUCUACUACGAGGUUAAUGAUGACUCCCCAAUUAUUCAGGUUAGUUCACUACUACGCUGUUUCAUGGAUUUUUCAGUGACUGUGCCAAUAAUUUGGCAUAACUUCUCUUAUGUCUGAAGGAUGACAUUGAUUUGUUUGACUACAAUGUCAAACAACGCGUGAAUGAGUUUGUCACUUCUGCAUUGUCGCAGGUAUGCUUUAUCUUUAUUCACUGUUGAAUUUCAUUUCAGUGUGUGCAUUCAGUGUACCUGCAUGCUACAUGACAGCAUGGUUCCUACAGCAGGUACUGUAUGCAACACAUAUCGCUACAGUCUUAGGGGCAGACUUGGCUCUCCUUAUUUAUGAUGUGAAAUGGAUGAAUCUGAUCCUGGUGCAGUGAAAAACACAGCCAAAGUUUCCCAUCCGCAUCAUUGGACCCAUUUUUCUAUAUGACAAUCUAUUUGAGACAGAAGAAUUAGAUGGAUUGGGUCUACAGUAUGGCAAAAAAUUGUGUAAAUUUGCCUUUCUAGUCUAAUUUAAGCUUUUCGACUAAGACGUUCUGAACGAUUGCAGAUAUAAUGAAUGAUUAUUUAAAUAUCUAAUAGCCAAUGGGUUACUCGACGGAUAAUAUUUUACAUCCACAGGGCCAAUCGAAAUUUAGAUAAGGCUGUUCUAAAAUUUGCAAUGUCUAAAUUUCCCUUAUUGCAGAUCACAUUUUACAUAAAACUCUUUAUCUGACAUUGUCCUAAAAAUAGAGAUAAUCAACAUUUCACAUGCCUUCUUUUUAAGGGUCAGUCAAUCACGUGGUAUUCAUUACAUGUGAUGGAAGACAGAUAGCCAUUUGAAACUACUAAUAUUUUUUAAGAAAAUAUAUUCGGUCAAAUAAAUGUACCUUUCCAAUCUGACCCAGUCAGAUUUUUAAGGACUGAAUUGGCUUUGCAGCAUUUCUAAUUAAUUUUUGAAUCCUUUAAUCUCAAAAAAUUACCCUGAAAGACUAACAGUUCAUCUUUUGCUCUCAUAUUCCCGUAUAUAAUAAAUGCAAGAUUUCAUGGUGCUUUUGAUUUGCCUUUUUGGUUCAUUGGAUAUAUCCGUUCUCUGUUAUUGUUACUAGUAAUAGUUUUUUUAUCCUUUUCUAGGCCAAUAUUACCAGGACGAAUCAUAUCAUGUGGACAAUGGGAACGGAUUUUAGGUACCAAUAUGCUAACUCAUGGUUCAGACAGCUGGACAAGUUCAUUCAUUAUGUAAACAUGGUAAUAUUUCUUUUCUGACAAACUUGGUGAAUUCUCGACUGAUACAGCAUGCCCCUGUCAUUUCUGUCUUUUGUGAACUUGAUGAGAAAUUUUCGUAUGUUUCUCACCUCAAAUUUUGAAUGUUGAAAAUUUGAAAUUGCGCUGGUUCUUAGAAAUAGGUUUUGAUGUUCCCCCUUGCGCCAUUUAUUGGUCUAUAAUUUGAUGUAUGUAAGAAAAUUUGACUUCUCGAGUAUGUCUGAGAUAGGGGAAAAAUUUUAGGGCUCUAUUCCACUAGAAUUUUGGAAUCGUUAAGUCUUUUGAGCUUUAUUUGUCUCCCCCCCUUUUUUUUCUUGCAAAAUUAGGCCUUUCUGUAACCUAACCUCUGUUCCUCUUUAAUUAGUUGCUGAGAUGAUAACUGUACAUAGUUCCGAGAUGACACCAACAUAUUAGAAGAUAGGGUUAUAGUUUUUAUUAGAAUUUCUAAACGAUAAAUUUAAAAAUGACUUGAAGUUUCACAGAGACCAUGAAGACUGUCUGAUGGUUAUAAAUUGAGUUUGUUCUUUUUCAUGUAAGUUAUCAUAACCAUUUUUUGUGGAAAUUCGUUGGUUUAUUUGUUUCCAGGAUGGACGUGUCAAUGCUCUGUAUUCAACCCCAUCAAUAUACACUGAUGCAAAGCAUGCAGCGAAAGAAUUUUGGCCUUUGAAGACUGAAGAUUUCUUCCCGUUAGUGAAACAACAUGCACAGACAUUUUUCCUGUUUUUUCUGCCUAUUCAUGUUUUGAUCAUACUGAACUAGAUACUUUCUGUAGAUAUGCUGAUCGUGAAAAUGCAUACUGGACUGGAUAUUUCACAAGUAGACCUAACUUUAAGGGAUAUGUGAGAACAAUGAGCAGCUACUACUUGGUAACUAUUGGGUCUCCCAAGUAUAUACUGUCAGUUUGAUACUGGUUGGUUUCCUGAACUUUCAAGGUUUCCUUUACUAAAAGUUGUCUGUGCUUCUAGGCAGCAAGACAGUUGGAGUUCCUUAGAGGAAGAAAGAGCCCAGGACCCACAGCGGACAGCUUGGGUGAUGCUCUGGCAAUCGCUCAACAUCACGAUGCAGUUACUGGGACAGAAAAACAGCAUGUAGCUGAUGAUUAUUCUAAGCGAUUAUCUAUUGGUUAUGUGGAGGUGAGAAACUUGUCAGAGUCAUUCAGGGUGUGCUCUAGUAGUACCUCUGAUGGAUCUUGUCUGUUGUUCUGUAGGCCGAGAAGCUUGUUGCAUCUUCACUUGCUUGCCUGACAGACACAACAUCAAACUCUAAAUGCUCUAAUCCUUCAACGAAUUUUGAGCAGGCAAGUGAAGAGACUGUUAUUGCAUAGUUUGAUGUGACUCUGGUUGGUGUUCACUUACGAGUUCUGGUAUUUGCCUCCGUUUUCAGUGUCCUCUUUUGAACAUAAGUUACUGCCCACCGUCGGAAGUAGAGUUAUCUCAAGGAAAAUAUUUGGUAAACAUAAUCAGAUCUUUACUUAUUCAAAGACUGUUUAUUAUUUUUAGCAUGCGAGUGAGAUGCCAAAAACAUCAUUUUUAGCAUGCGAGCCCAUAUGUGGGUAGUGGAUAUUUUUUGAGGAAAUUCUCAUCAUUUUGAACUGUUUUGUAGGUUGUUCUUGUCUACAAUUCACUUGGUUGGAAUAGAGAGGAUGUAAUUAGAAUACCGGUGAGUCCUUCAUCUUGCUUAAUUUGUUAUGAUUUUUUGCAUCCUAAAUAAUUUAAUUUAUUCAUAAGACUAAUUAGAUGUUUAUCUUGUCCGUGCCAAUUUGUUUAAUGUUAUGUUGUGAAUCGAUGAAUACUUUCUACACUGGACUGCUUGGUUUAGGCGUCCAUUUUUUACAGUAUCCAGCAAUAAAUUCAGAUAUGCAGGUUCUUCCUCUACUCUCCAUUCGGAGCCACGGGUUCAGCUCCUCCAUGUUCAUCCUUCAAUAGUAUUAUUGACACCAGAAAGCGGCCAAUCUGAGUGAGAUCAGAUUUGACUGACAGGGAAUUGCUCAUUAUGCCAGAAUUAGAAGAUUUCAGGGCGACUCAACACUCUAACCGGUCAAUCGACCACCUGCACAAAUGUGUGUGUGUAUGUGGAUAUGAUAAGGGAAGGAUCAGAUUACAACCCACGCGCAUCCCAGAGGGAAAUUACCCAACAGUGGCCUUCCCCAGGAAAAAAGAAGAGGAGAGAAAAGACCAAGAGCAGCUCCUAUAAGUUCCCCUUUGGGAGACGCCAGUAGGUGUUCACUUUUGGGUGGAGACCACUGUUGGCUAUUCAUUUCUCCUAAGGUGGAGGGGGGAAGGGUAGGGAACUUUGGGCUGCCCUUGAUAUGGACCACUGCUCUUUUGGGCUGAAGAAAGUAUCCAGUGAGUUACAUGUCCGUAGGGUUCUGCCUGGGAGGUAGACAUCAGUGGGUGUUUCCCUUUGUGGUAAGCCACUGAUGGUUAGUGUGAAUAUUUAGGUGAUACUCCAAAGUCGAGCAUAUUUUCCAUUCAAUCUAACCAUGUGUUGGCGGCUGUGUGUACUCUGCAAGUGAAUGACUACAGGUGAAGUCUGGAAAACAUUUACGUUGGGCAGUCUGCCAAUAUUAGUUGAAACACCCGCUUUAUUAUGCUAAACUUGUCCAAAAUUUAUACCAGUCUAAAAUUAGGGUAAUAAAUUAUUUCUGAGAAAACAUCCUUCAAGAAUGUUUCCUUAUUGUCGAUUAGGCGUGCAUACUAAGAUGCAUCCGAAGUGAACUGAGCAUUACGAUGAUCUUGGUUUCUUGAAAACUUAUAUCUUUUUUCGAUUGUUCUCUCUUAGUAUCUUACAAUUCAAUACUGGUUACAGGUCAUUAGUGCAUCUGUGAUUGUCAGAGAUUCUAAAGGAAGCAUUGUCGAGUCACAGCUUCUGCCGAUAUUGAACAUCUCAUUAGAGAUCCGAAAAUUACACACUAUGGCAUACUUGGGCAUUUCUCCUGGUGUCAACCCAAAGUUUUGGCUCGUCUUUCCAGUAUCUGUACCACCUCUAGGCUUUAGUACAUACAUAAUUUCAAGCGCUGAAAAAUCAGGUAGGAUCAAGCCUUCUUUUCCUUUUGGGGUAUCGCACUUAGCUAGUCCUAUCUUGGUACGUCUUUAUGUUCAAUUUUGAUAGCAAUAAUGUGUGUGCUAAUAAUUGCUUAUUGCAGUUUCAGGGCAUCCGGUCAUGUCUACAACUUAUGAAACGCAUGAAAGUGCAAGUGUAAUAGAAGUUGGCCAAGGGAACUUGAAGCUCGUUUUUAACGAAGGAAAAAUGAGCCAUUACUUGAACAGUAGAAACUCGGUGAGAUUCUCACAAUGUGAAUGUUCAACGUUGAUAUCUCUCCUGAACAAGUUUCUUUCCUCAUGUCUUCCGGAUUGUUCAUUCCAAUUGAGUAAACGUUGUUCGCUUGAUAUUAACAGAACUAACUUGAUGUGGGCAGAGAUCGUUAAUUGUUUUUUCUUAACGCUUUUCAUGAAGCAGAGCAGAGUGUUCACUUGAUAAUGCUCUGUGACUGACGUGUUUUAUCUUAUACAGGUUAAUACCACUAUACAUCAAUCCUACAUUUAUUAUCCUGGGGAUGAUGGGAGUGGUGCUGAUUAUCAGGUUCCCACACAUUUAUUUUUUUUAAUUUAUUUUUUUACUGAUACCCUAUUUUCUUCAUCUGAAUCGCCUGUGAUUUAAAAUGAUUCACAUAUUUUGGAAAUUUAACAUUUCGAAGUCUGAACUUUGCUUCAUUAAGGCCUCUGGAGCAUAUGUCUUUCGCCCAAAUGGUACAUUUCCAAUACAGCCUUCGGGACAGGUACUGAAGUUCUGUACUCUUGCAUAACCUUUCCUAUCGCUAUGAUGUUUCAAUCUGGUUUCUUUUACAUGAUAACUGCUAUGAUUAUCUCCUUACGCAUGAAAAUGAUUUGUUAUUGUAGGUACCUUUGACUGUAAUGCGAGGACCAAUUUUAGAGGAAGUACAUCAACAGAUAAAUCCGUGGAUAUAUCAGGUACUUUGGUCCGCUUUCCGCAUUAGUUACCAGAAAGAAAAAAAUAUAUAUUUCACCAUGUGACGCGCUUUUUUAUGUCUAUUUAAGCUGAGAUGUAGGGAAAAUUUUAAAAAAUGAAACAAGGGGGAAUCUAUUUUCUAGAUUUGUUUUUUUUUAAGCUUAGCUGUGAUCUUUAAUCUGAUAUUUUACCAGAUACUAGAGUGUCUUCCUUCUGUGUUCAGAAAUUUAUGAGUAGAAAAUGUCGUUAAGAUAAUUUAUUGCUAGUGAAUAUCACCACAUUGAUAUUGAAAAGAAUAAGGGAUGUAGAGGUAUAUGUUGAAUGAUCUCUCUUGCAUGAUUUCUAUUUGGCUGAUGUUGAUCAGAUCAGUACUGUGUUUCAAGUAAUUGACAAAAUAAUAGACAAUGAGAGUGGUUAUCGAGGUAAUUAUAAAAUAGAACAGGGCCGCUUGAUCCAAUAUAUGAUUUUGUCUGCUUCUCAUUUCUGUGGGAUAUUACUUAUUGCUGUGAGCAGUUGUCAGCAAAUAUUAUUCAUUCACCAUCUGGAUUCUUUCGAGUCGCAGAAUAUUAUGAGUCAACUCUCUUCGUGCAUUCUUAUCAUAAUAUUAGGUCACUUAAGCUCUGAUGAAUAAUAUUAGGUCACAACAAGAUAAUGACGAUGAUUAAAGUCUUCACUUUUUAUUAUUAACAGGUUAUUGCUUUGGCUUUAGAAGUGACAAAAUUAACCACAGAUAUUUAUGAAUAUAUGCAGAUCACCAGAUUAUAUAGGGGAAGGGAGCAUGCAGAAAUCGAAUUUAUUGUGAGUAUUCGGCUGGUGCCUAUAUUCGGCCAUACGAAAUUUUCAGAAUACAUACACCAUAUUCCAUAGAAAAGUGGUAUAUUGUGAACUCUGAUAUGAUACUCUUACUGCUAUGAAUGGUAGGUUGGCCCUAUUCCUGUUGACGAUGAAGUUGGGAAAGAAGUAGUUACUCAAAUUACCAGUAAUGUGAGAAGUGAGAAAACAUUCUACACAGACUCUAAUGGACGAGAUUUCAUCAAAAGGGUAUGCUCUCAUUCUUCUUCUUUUUCCUUUAACUUGUGUACAAUUUUCCCCAUUUCCUGGUGUAAAUUUCCUCCCGGAGUAGGGAAGAUCGUCUAUGCUUCUGUGGCCGUUUCUGUCUUAAUUGGUAUCACAAGCUCACGUGUUGCCUAUAAUGAGAUAGUUUGAAGAAAUUGCUGAACCAUGCUGAUAAAUCUGAACCAUAUAAUCAUAUUAUCUGCCUCUGUAAACGCGGUUCAGCUGACUUGAAGGCAAAGGACUACACACUAGGGAACGAAAUUAUUUAUUCACACAAAUCAUAUUAUCGAUUGAGCAUCUGAUGGGGUUUUCUGCAAGUAGCUCAUUUUAAUGGUUGUACUAACAUAACUCGUGAUUUCAAAUCAGAUUCGAGAUUAUAGAUCAGAUUGGGAUCUAGAAGUGAAUCAACCCGUCGCUGGAAAUUAUUAUCCUGUAAGUCUUCAUCUUCUAGGAGGAUUUUUCAAACAAAAAUGUAUAUUUAUUUGUUUAUUUUUUUCAAAAGUUCUCUCGUAUGCCUUCUUUCAUUAUGAUUCUGGUCUGAGCAAGAUAAAGCAAGCUGACAAUUUGUUCCAUGAUUUCAGAUUAAUCUAGGAAUUUACAUGACGGAUAACACCACGGAAUUCUCAGUGUUGGUGGAUCGUUCUGUUGGAGGCUCCAGUAUUUUAGAUGGUCAAAUAGAGUUGAUGCUCCAUCGGUGGGUUCCCCUCCAAACUUCGUUUGAUAAAUGCGGAAUUAUCAACUAUUCGUUGCUCUCAAAUUCAUGCUAAAAAAUAUCGGUGCGGGAUUCUUACCCUUCAUUUUAAUCUCAUAAUGCAGCCGAUUGCUGCACGAUGAUGGCCGAGGAGUUGCAGAGGCACUGAACGAGACUGUUUGUGCUCAUGAAGACUGCACAGGAUUAAUAGUAUGUGUGCCCCCAUAAAUCGUUUUUUUUUUUCAGUCUCAUAAUUAUUCAUAAAAAGUUGUGCAUGGUAAAUGAGCUGGUAAUCUUUGAAGUUAUGGCUUAUUAAGUUUUUUUUUUUCUUCAUUUGUGUAAAUGUUUCUCAUGAACCUCCGGAAUUAAAUCUUCCAGUGUUAAGAUCUGAUCUGAAAGAUUCAUUCUUUGCGUUAUGUUAGACCGCAGGGAAGUUCUAUGUCAGGAUUGAUCCUUUGGGGGAUGGCGCCAAGUGGCGUAGGUCGCAAGGGCAGGAGGUGUACUCUCCUCUGCUUAUAGCAUUCUCAGAGCAGGUAAACUAUAUAAAAUUGAAAACUUUAUUUAAAUGGCCCAGGGAUAAUCACUGGAUUAAUGCUACCCAUUUUCAGAAUGGAGCUGAUUGGACAAAAUCCCAUGUACCCACAUUCACAGCCAUGGAUGCGUCCUACAGCUUACCUGAUAACGUGGCAUUGAUUACCCUCCAGGUCCGCUAGGGAAUUUCCAUUUUUUUCUUUUUUAUUCAGAACAUUGCUUGAUUCUAUACUUCUUCGUUCAUCCACUGAGGUGAUUCUUGUUUCCUGUGGACACAGAUUCUUCUUUUGGUAGAAAAAUAAUACAUCUUUCUUUUAAUAUCAUCACAUUUCGUGUUAUAACUCGUGCAUACUGAAUCCUGAUUCGCCUGCCAAUCUGCAUGCUUAAUAUACGCAUUGUGCUGUCAAUGGCUGCUGCAUUUACAGGCUCUCGAAGACGGCAGCGUUCUCCUUCGCCUCGCGCAUCUUUAUGAGGUACGACUUUGACCCCCCAAAGUAACUGAACGGUGGUCGAAAUACUUGCAGGGAAUCGUCUGGCCUUGGGCCCGCAUAUGAUCCAGAACAAUUGCACUUCUAUUUUUUCAAUAAUUCGUCGUGUAACCUGAUAGGCCGGAGAGGAUGAGGAUCUUUCGAGGACGGCGAAGGUGGACCUCACCAAGCUCUUUCUCCACAGGAAGGUAAACCCACCAACUCAACUCAAUGCUCUAGCCAGAUACAGAUAGAGGGAGGGAGGGAGAGAGAGAGAGAGAGAGAGAGAGAGAGAGAGAGAGAGAGAGAGAGAGAUCAGAGGCUCUCUGGGCUUACCUUCGAGCCCCAAGACGGGGGGGGGUGGACGAUGGGGUUGCCUGGGCCGUUUGAUUUCUAACGCGGUCGUCUUCUUCUCGCUGUGUUCAGAUAGUGAAGAUAGUGGAGACGAACCUCUCUGCGAAUCAAGAGAGGGGAGAAAUGGAGAAGAAGAGGCUCGUAUGGAAGGUGGAGGGCUCGUUGGAUGUGGAACCGCCUGUGAGGGGCAGGCCGGUUGAUCCUUCCAAGCUCCUGGUGGAGUUGGGUCCCAUGGAGAUCCGCACAUUCCUGAUCAAUUUCAGUUACAUCUCCUUCCUUGAAGUGGUUGAUCCCUGA